UAAAAAAGCAACGUUUUUCAUGUUUGUCAUCGUCAUCUCAAACGGCAUCGAUUCUGCAGAAAUAAGUUAUCGUCAUCGAGUCGAUUCUACAGAGCGCUUCCUUCACGAAUGAAAAUGCACUUUUCUCAUCUCCAUCAUUUUGGCUGAUCGAAAAGCUGAGUUUAUUCUUUCCAGGAGUAGCUUACAGUAACUACGAUGGGUACUGCUGCUUCAACUCCAAGCUUUUCCUCUCAACCGAUUUCUUCAAAAAACUAUGAUGUGUUCAUUAGUUUCAGAGGAGAAGACACGCGCAGAAAUUUCACUAGCCAUCUUUAUACUGCUCUCACCCAAAAGUCCAUAAGAACCUAUAUUGAUUAUCAGCUUCCCAAAGGUGAUGACAUCUCAGAAUCGCUCAUCCAAGCAAUCAAGGAUUCUCUUGUAUCUGUCGUGGUCUUCUCUGAGAACUACGCUUCCUCAAAGUGGUGCUUAGAUGAACUCUCCCAAAUUCUCCGAUGCAGGAAAGAUCAGGGCCAGUUUGUUAUACCUGUCUUCUACGAAGUUGACCCAUCAGAUGUUCGCAAGCAGAAAGGGACUUACCAGGAGGCAUUUGCAAAACAUGAGAGAGAUUUCAGGCACAAUCAGGACAAGGUGAAGAAAUGGAAAGAUGCUCUUUUCGAAACUGCCAAUUUAGCUGGCUGGCACUCUCAAUCCUUCAGGGAUGAAUCUGAACUAAUUCAGAACAUUAUCAACGAUGUUUUGCGAAAAUUGGAUCACAGGCAUCCAAGUAUAUUAGAAGGACUUGUUGGAAUUGAUGAAAACUGUGAAUCUAUUGAAUUGUUACUGGAAAAAGUUCCAAUAAUUGGAAUUUGGGGAAUGGGCGGGAUAGGCAAGACAACCAUGGCUAAGGUUGUAUUUGACAAACUAUCUCCUCAUUAUCAAAGUUGUUGUUUCAUUGAAAAUAUAAGGGAAGAGUCAAAAAAUCAUGGAUUAAAAUAUAUACGUGAUAAGCUCGUUUCGGAUCUUCUCAUGGAUGAAAACAUACAUUGGAGUCCACCAAAAGUCUUAGGAUCUGAUUUUGUUAGGAGAAGGCUAAGUUGGAGAAAAGUUUUCAUUGUGCUUGAUGAUGUUGAUAAUCCAAAGCAAUUAGAAUAUCUAGCAAAAGAAUGUGAUUGCUUGGGACAAGGCAGUAGAGUUAUCAUAACAACAAGAGAUAAGCACUUGCUUAUUGGAAGAGUAAAUGAAAUAUAUAUGGCCAAGCCAUUGAACUUUCAAGAGUCCUUCAAGCUUUUCAACUUGAAAGCUUUUCACAGAGAUCAUCCUGAAAUUGGAUAUGAAUGGCUAUCAAAAAGGGUUGUUUUUUAUACCAAAGGAAAUCCUUUAGCUUUAAUAGUUUUGGGUUCUUUUCUUCAUUCCAAAACUAAAAAAGAAUGGGAUAGUGCAUUGAGAAGAUUGAAAAAGAUUCCAAACCAAGAUAUUCAGGAAGCAUUAAAAUUGAGCUUUGAUGGAUUAAACGAUGAAGAGAAGGAAAUAUUUCUAGACAUUGCAUUCUUUUUGAAAGGUGAAGUCAAAGAACAUAUAAUACAGUUAUUAGACAGCUGUGGAUUCCAUGCAAGCAUUGGCAUCAGAACCCUCCAAGAUAAGGCUCUUAUUACCAUGGGAGAAAAAGUGUGGAUGCAUGACUUAAUACAAGAAAUGGGUUGGGAAAUUGUUCGUCAGGAGUGCAUCAAAGAACCAGGAAGACGCACCAGAUUACGGGACCCUAAAGAUGUCUAUGAUGUUUUGAGAAACAAUCGGGGAACUGAAGCUGUUGAAGGCAUAAUAUUAAACGUGUCUCGAAUUAGAGAUAUAUACUUGGCUGCCGACACCUUCAAAGAGAUGACCAAUUUAAGAUUCCUUAAAUUUUAUUCCUCAAGCAAUACUGGAUCAUGCAAUGUGCACCUUCAAAUGGGUCUUGAGUCUAUUUCUAAUAAAAUGAGGUACUUUGAGUGGAAUGGGUAUCCUUCGAGCUCUUUGCCAUCAACUUUUUGUGCUGAGAGCCUUGUUGAACUGAAAAUGCAAUUCAGCCAAGUCUAUACACUUUGGGAGGGUGUGCAGGAUUUUGUGAAUUUAAAGAGAGUAGAUCUUCGUUUUUCCAGAAAAUUGAUUGGGUUGCCAGAUUUCUCUAAGGCCCAGAAUCUUGAAUCGGUGAAUCUAUAUUACUGUGAAAGUUUGUGUUAUGUUCAUCCAUCUCUCUUAUCUCUCAAUAGCCUUGUUUCGUUGGAUUUAGGCAGAUGCAAAAACCUUAAGAGUCUCCAAAGUAAGACUCAUUUAAGAUCUCUUAGAAAAGUCCUGGUUCAUGACUGUCCUAAUCUGACGGAAUUCUCAUUAUCAUCAGAAGAACUAAGAUGUUUGUUUUUAGGAUCGACUGGAAUAGAAAUUCUGCACCCAUCAAUUGGGAGUCUUACUAAGCUCAGAAGUCUUCAUCUCAAUGGUUCAAAAUUGAAGAACUUUCCACUAAAGGAGUUGUGUUGCUUGAGAUCUCUUGAGGAUCUUGGCAUCUACAAGCAUGCAUUCGACAAACCUGCGCUACAUGUGCUAUUUGAGAACUUGCGUGCUAUACGGAAACUCUCUUUCCUGAAUUGCUCUAACUUAACUGAGUUACCAAACAACAUCAAGCAACUCUCAAGACUACAAAAGCUUUAUUUAAGAAGUUGCAGAAAUCUUCAAUAUUUACCAAAGCUUCCUCUAUCCGUUAAAGAAUUAGAUGUCACCGAUUGCACAUCAAUUUCAAUCAACCGUAAGUUGUCAAAGGAAGUAGGAAAGCUGGUUCCAGCACUGCACGCUUCCUCAAUUGGGCAUCUUGCCAAUCUCAAAACUCUACUUCUCAAUGCUUCAAGUCUUGGCGAUCUUCCACUAACUGAGUUAUGUUGUUUUAGAUAUCUCAUGGAGCUUCGCCUUCGUAAAUGCAGACACCUAGUGGAUGAACCAAAGCUACAUAUACUAUUUGAAUCCCUGCGAUGUCUACAAAUACUGGAUUUGGAGGACUGUUUUAACUUAACUAAACUCCCCUACAAUAUCAGACAUCUCUCACGGCUACAAAAACUUACUUUGAAUGGUUGCACUAGCCUUCAGUUUCUACCACAGCUUCCACAGUCCCUUAGAAAUUUUAUUGUCAGUAAUUGUACAUCAUUAGAGAAAGUGUUUGCUUCAACAAUUUCAAGACUAUUACGGGUAAAUGGUCAUAAUUUCAUUUCAUUUCACAACUGUGAGAAAUUGGAUGUGCGUUCACGUUGUGCUAUUGGGAAACAUGUAGAGUUCUCAUUGAAGCGAGCAGUACGUAACAAGCAAAGAUUUACAGUUUUUUAUCCAGGAAACAGCGUUCCGUUGUGGUUCGGGCAUAAUUGGUCAAUGAAGGGUUUGGUAACUAUUGAACUUUCUUUGGCUUCUGAUCAUUUAUUGGGUUUUGUUUUCUGUUCUGUCAUUCCUCAAUUUGUCUCUAGGGAAAAAAUUCAAGUGGCUGUGACUUGCAAGUGCUACUUUGAAGAAGGUGAAGCAAUUGAAUUCCAGAUUUUUGAUCCACAAUAUGCAGAAUUCAGCUCAGAUCAUGUUUUGCUUUGUUGUGAUCCAUACUUCUCUAAAUUAGUAUUGGAGAGAUUUAAAGGAAGCAAUGGAAAUGAUGGAGACGCCACUUGUAACCAAAAGAUUUUGUUCAGCUUCGUUUCUUGUGAUGGCUUCAUCCAAGAGUGUGGGAUCUGCCCCAUAUAUGCCUCUGAAUAUCAAAAUUUUGUUCGACAAAGGAAAAUGAAGCACGACUUGGGCAGGAGGUCAAAGAGGCAUCGAGACAUUGAUGAAUUAGAGUUGGAACCCAGUAAAUUUGAAAUGGGAAUUGGAAGCUGUGAUGGGAAAGAAACAUUGCCUCUAUGCAAAAAAUUGAAAAUGGAUUUGUGGACUCUGUCUAAAGGACAAGAAGAUAUUGAAGAAUUGGAAGCGUUGCUCAUGAGAAUCAAAAUCCGCUAGAAUCACUUCUUCAACAACACUAACAAAUUACUAGUGCAGGUCCUUUUUUGGAGGACUUUUGAAAUCUGAUGAACUAGGAGUCAGGCGCCCAUCUUGUUCGUGCUGCGAUGCUUCUUAGUUUCCGAAGGAAUAUCAAAAAUAAUUUGAAAAUGCAGAAACAUAACAGAAGUUCUCAGUGCUUAUGCUUUUAUUAUUCAG